AUGGCUUCACGUCGCCCUGAUCUAGCCCAAUACCCCACCGGCUUCACAAUUCUCCGCAUCUUUCAAGCCGUUCUCAGCAUCAUCACCAUCGUGGUGACAUCCUUCACAAUAAACGCCGUCGUUCUCCCAGCAAACUGUUUAUUGAUCGUUGCUAGUUCAGCAACCCUUCUUGUUUCACUAUGGGGCGCCUUUGCCCAUCUAUCAUUCAGUCGUCUUUUUAGCUUCCGAGCAGCUUUCGUUCUUGAUGGAGCCCUUACUAUUCUCUGGGCUGUCUCAAUUGCUGUUUUGGGCGCUCAGACAGCUAUUAUUUGGAUCCAUGGGUCUGAUUACUGUGAGACAAACAAGUGUCCUGAUAACCUGAUGGUUGUGAGUCGCUUUUAUGCAUAUGUCUUUGCCGUCUGUUUUGGCCUUGCCGCCAUUGGUUUAAUAUUCUCUUGCGCGACUGUUAUAUUCCAUGGCGUGAUCAGUUGUCGCCAGCACAAGUACAAUCAGAUUGGCACGAAUAAGGAAGCCGAGCCAAUUGACGUUGGUCCAAAGCAUCCUCAAGAUUCGACUGCUUAUCAGGGAGCGGCAGGAUAUCAGUCAUUGGCGUAG